ACACAACCCUGCAUUCAAGGAAACGGGCAAACACAGCACUUUUUCUUUGACUUCCCAUAAUGUUUUAGCCACCGUCUUCAGUAAGAGGACAUACAUGUGUUCGAUGUGAACCCUCAUGGAAGCCGUCUGUCUUUGAGCAGCUGGGAGUCAAGGACCCCCCUCAAUUGUUUCCUGCGCCAAGAACUGUUAAAGACAUGGUCAUUACGCCGCAUCUGUGAUGAACUAAAAGCAGUGAGUGUGAGAGCGUGUCAGAGGAUGUUCCUGAUCUGCGGAGCCCAGUGCUGAGGAAGGUCAACGGAGCCCAACCGGCGCUCACCAUGUCUCACCACCAACAUUACCAUCGAGGCCCCCAUAGCCGCACCAUGAGCUCUGAGGAGAGGAGCUCCACACCAGUCAACAAGACCUCCACACCGGUUCACAAGAGCGCCUCCUCCUCUUCCUCCUCCCAGCGCGACAGCCGGCAGGAGGCAGACAGCUGGGAAAUCAUUGAGGGGCUGAAAAUCGGUCAGAGCAACGUCCAGAGGCCCGAUAAACACGAGGGUUUUAUGUUGAAGAAGCGGAAAUGGCCCCUGAAAGGCUGGCACAAGCGUUUUUUUGUUCUGGACAAUGGUAUCCUGAAGUAUUCCAAGUCCCCCAUUGAUAUCCAAAAAGGCAAACUUCAUGGCAGCAUCGACGUCGGCCUCUCAGUCAUGUCCAUCAAGAAGAGGGCCCGUCGCAUUGACCUGGACACUGAGGAGCAUAUCUAUCACCUGAAGGUCAAAUCUCAAGACAUCUUUGAUGCCUGGGUGUCCAAGUUGCGUCAUCACCGGCUUUACCGACAGAACGAGAUUGUGCGAUCUCCACGGGAGCCUACCAUACGAACGUUUCCUCCCCCAGCUGCCAUUGAGUCGCCCCAACCUGCCUCGAGUGUAGUACGUGAAGCCAAGCAAGCCAAGCCAAGCAGCUUGCCAUGGCAGCCGGUGGCCCCCAGUAGCGGGAGCAACAGCAGCCUGCCUGCCUCCUACAGUAACGGCCAGAGCAAAGUGGUUGCUUGGCUGCAGGAAUCAGAGGAGAUGGACAAGUGCGCAGAGGAGCUCGCACGAUGCCAGUCCAACCUGACUGAGCUGAGCCGGUUAUUGCAGAGUCUGGAGAUUCUACAAAGGACACAGUCGGCACCCAACUUCACAGAUAUGCAGACCAGUUGUGUAGAAUUGUCAAAGAAAGAGAAGCGCUUGAACAGAAGAUGGAGAACAAAAAGUGUCUGCAAAGAUGCAAAAUACCAGCUUCAGGUCCCUCUGUCUGCCAGCAUGUCCCCUGUCCGCCUCCACUCGUCCAACCCCAAUCUGUGUGCCGAGCUGGUGGACUUUCAACCCCCUACCUCCCGGCUGACAGACAGCGUAGAUUGUUCCAGUGACUACAUUAAACUUCAGGAGGAAUUCUGCACCAUUGCCCAGAAAGUCCACUCUCUGCUGAAGUCGGCCUUCAACACAGUGGCCAUAGAGAAAGAAAAGAUCAAACAGAUUCUGUCUGACCAAGAGCAGUCAGAGCCGUCAGCCCAGAUCAACUCUCUCAGGAAGUCUCUGUCACAGGCCCUGUCCCAAAACGCAGAACUUCGAACCCGACUCAGCCGCAUCCAUUCUGAAUCUGUCCUGACCGAACAAGUUGUCAGUGUGAACAUCAUCUCCACGCCUGAUGAGGCUGGGGAACAGAUGGGGAUCCCUCUGACUCAGCAGGCCUCUAAUGAGAGCCGACUCUCCAUGUCGGAGUCUGUCUCUGAGUUUUUUGAUGCCCAGGAAGUGCUUCUGUCGGCCAGCUCGUCAGAGAAUGAGGGCUCAGACGAUGAGUCAUAUGUCAGCGAUGUGAGCGAUAACAUUUCAGAGGACAACGCCAGCGUGACCGAUAACGUCUCCAGACAAAUGGCCAACGGAGACUUUGCUGGCAGUGCCUUCCGUAACGGGCGGCGCACCUGCCUGCCGGCGCCGUGUCCUGACACCAGCAACAUCAACCUCUGGAACAUCUUGAGAAACAACAUCGGCAAGGACUUGUCCAAAGUGUCCAUGCCGGUGGAGCUCAACGAGCCCCUCAACACCCUGCAGCGUAUGUGUGAAGAGUUGGAGUACAGUGAGCUGCUGGACAAGGCUGCUGAGACCGAGGAUCCCUUUGAGCGCAUGGUUCUCGUUGCUGCUUUUGCCGUCUCAGGCUACUCAUCCACUUACUACAGAGCAGGAAGUAAGCCAUUCAACCCGCUACUCGGAGAGACUUAUGAAUGCAUUCGGGAAGACAAGGGCUUCUGUUUUUUCUCUGAGCAGGUGAGCCACCACCCACCCAUCUCCGCCUGCCACUGUGAGUCUAAGAACUUCACCUUCUGGCAAGACGUGAGAUGGAAAAACAAGUUCUGGGGAAAAUCAAUGGAGAUUUUACCAAUCGGGACAGUGAAUCUCAUGAUUCCCAGGUUUGGAGAUCACUAUGAAUGGAACAAGGUCACCACCUGUGUACACAACAUCCUAAGUGGACGACGGUGGAUCGAACACUACGGGGAGAUCACCAUCAGAAACACAAAGAGCAGCGCUUGCCUCUGCAAACUCACCUUCGUCAAGGGAAAUUACUGGAGCUCUAAUGUGAAUGAGGUUCAAGGAUUUGUGAUGGAUCAAGAAGGGAAAGUGAUCCACAGGCUUUUUGGAAAAUGGCACGAAGGCCUUUACUGCGGCGUCCCACCUUCUGCCAAAUGCGUCUGGAGGCCAGGCUCCAUGCCCACGGACUACGAACUGUACUAUGGCUUCACCAGGUUCGCCAUUGAACUGAAUGAGCUUUGCCCAGAGUUGAAAGAUGUUCUGCCCCGCACAGAUGCCCGAUUCAGGCCUGAUCAAAGGCACCUGGAGGAGGGGAACUUGGAGAUGGCAUCCUCAGAGAAGCAGCGUAUUGAGGACCUGCAGAGAACCCGAAGAAAGUGGAAAGAGGAGAACGACACCAAACAGGAGCCACGCUUCUUUAAGAAAGUGGUUGACACCCAUCACAGGGAAAGGUGGGUCUCCAACAACACGUACUGGGAGCUCCGCAAAAACCCCGGCUUCAUCAAUAUGGAAUCUACAGUGAACCUGUGGUAGCACAUGGAUUACCAUGUCCAUCGUGUUGUCAUCACAGACAAGAAGGCAGUUACCUAUGCACAGUAAGGUGUUAAGAGAAACAUGCGUGCAUGGACUGCAGAGCUGAGGGAUGGCCUGAUGCCCAAUAACCCUGUCGAGGUUCUGUGGCACCACCACACGGUCAUCCAUCCAUGGAAACAUCCUGUAGGAUCACCUUCAUUGUGCUUGUGGACGCUGGGUUGUCAGGUCAACAAUCGUACCACUCCUAUGUAGAUCUUUCCUCAGCUCUUUUGACUUCUGAGUAUGUCCUUGCCUUAAAAAGACACCUGAACAAGUCACAAGACUUAGCGCUUUUUAGUUGAAGCCAUUUGAUUUCUGACAGCAGUUUGGGUUAGACUAGUCUAUAAAGUAGACAUUUUGAUUACCUACAAGACCGUGCAUGUUUAGAGAGCAGCUUUCACUGGCAUAAAGCCGUAUUUACUAUAUCAUCAAUUAUUGUAGAGAAAAAAAGAGGUAUUUUUAUAAAAUAUCUUGGAAUUUAGUGAAAUAGCAUUAUGUGAAUUGGCAGAUUUUAUUUAUUUUUGCCUUUUAAUACUGUUGGAUCUGUAUGAUAGCAGUACUCCCUCUGGGGAAACAACUCAUUUAAAAUGAAUCUCGCCUGCAGUAGAGGAAGCACAGCGUCCAUUGAUGGAAUUUUUAAUGAAUAUUUUCAAACAGGAGCUCUCAAAGCUGAUCAUGUGGUGGAAGGAGAAGUAGGAUUAAACAUGUAAAUCCUAACCUGGUGUUUUGGACAUGCAAUGUAGGAUAAGCUACACCUGCAACCUUUUACAGAGUUAUUCUUUUUCUUUUUUAACUGUCAAGACAGAUGGGUCAUGGAGUCUAGUUUCUCUUCAUGGUGUGAUUCUGUGACCAUCCCGCGCCCUCCCCCACUGUCUAAUUUUAAACAUUCUUCCAUGAAAGCAACUCCUCUGAAUCACAUGGUUACAUAAAUACACACAUAACUCCCUCCAUAUAUAGUGGGCGCACUUUCAGUCUGUCCUCUUCUCUGAAUGUGGUGCAGAUAAUGGACUCUCUCAAACAUCAGACACUUUUCUGAACCAAAGGUCUAAGAAAAGAUGAUGUAGUAGGGUGUAAAACCCUCUUGAGAAGCUUUUGUGAUUUAUAAAUAGAUUUGACAGUGAAACACAAGGAAAACAGUCACGUAUUUCCAGUACAAGGCUAAACACUCGCAUAUAUCGGGUCACACAAGGUUAGAGCUGCAAUGUGCAUUUAUUUUUAAAUUCUAAAAAUAUAAUCUAAAAAAUAUUUAAUUAACAAAUUAUUUAUCAAAAUUAGCAAUGUCUUAAAUUAGCAUCCUUGUUCUGAGUAACAACCAAAAAAUGUUAAUUUAAAAUGAUAUGAAACAAAGUAGUAACUUUUCUCAUUUGUGAAACUCUCACCAGCAACUGUUUGGUAUUUUUCUUGAUAAAUGGCCUACAUUAUUAAUCAAUCAUCAAAACGGGAAUACAAGAUGAAACACCGGAACCACCUACAGGUCGUCCCAUGAAACUUCAGUUUCAGGAAACUGCAUUUCAACAAUAUUAAAAACACUUUUUUUCCUUAAAUGUUUUAGCCAAACAAGUUUGUAGUGGAUAUUUGAAUGUGUCUGAUUCCCCAGAGAUUUUACUGCUAUGAUCUGGGCUUCUGCAAAGCACCAGUUUACUUAUUUGCAGUAUGUGUAUUUAUUGCGAAGCAGAUUAGCUUUAAUGUUUUAACUAGAGCCCUCCUCCCCUUUUUGUGUUACAGAGUAAGAAAAUAUAACACAAACAAGUAGUCACACAUUGUCCUCGUUUACGAACACAUAUAGGUUGAUUCCUUUCGUUCAGGACUGCAGGGUGAGGACACUGAAGCAGAAAGAGUGAAUACAAAUAUGUAGAAUGAAAACUUUGUGAAGCAAAUCCAUCUUGUGUGCACUGUUUAUAUGGUACUGUAGAUUACAAACCAAAAAGGUAGUACUGCUUUGCAUUCAUAUCUUUUUUUUUUUUUACUGUACUUAUGUGCUUUUAAUUUUUUAUCCCUGAUCACAAACUCUGCUACAAUUCGUCAGUGUCCGUUUCACUUGCUGUGCCUUAACGCAUUUAUUAAUGCCUCACAAUACACACUACUGAUAAGAAUCCCCCUGCCAAGAAGGUAUGCCAUUAACACUUUAUCCCAUCUCCACCUGCCUACAGAUGAUAAAUUAUAUUGAAAUACGGCGUUUAGGAUUUAGCUGUGGACAAAAUGUCUUAAGUCUUUAAGGGAAAUGUCUUUAGAUGAGAAAAAUAGAUUUAUUUGACUGUAAAAUGCUCGCAGUGUUAAAAGAUGUUCUGCACUGCUCUGCACUCCAACAUUUUAGGUGAUCACUGUAAAUACAGCACAUUUAGACGAUGGGUCACUACUGCAAAAGCAGAUUCCUUUUAUCCUCCUACAGUGAUUUUUUUUGUGUGUGUGUGGAGGGAGGGUCAAUGCUGCUAUGCGUAGUGUUUGGACUGUAGUGUAAAAAAAAAAAAUAGAAAAUUCAUGAAAACCUUCUCAUGCUUUCUUCAUCCAUCGUUCUUCCUGCAUGUCUAGACAACUUAGCCUGCCAAUGAAUGUUGCAGAUGCCUUACAAAAGAAAAAAGGUUUUGUUUUCUCAAUUGGACGUCUCAUGUGUUUUUGUUUUGAACUGACAUGUAUCACGAAGCACUGUGUCAGCUCAGUUUCUUUCAAAUCUAUUCCUUAAUGGGUACCUUCUAAAGUGCAAUUUUAACAAAAGUACAUAUCUUUCCAUGAAUACUGUACACUGCUGCUACAUAGUGCUUGUUCUAAUAAAACUGUAAAACUCAA